AACGGCUUUUCAUCGAAACCGCCAUCUGUUCUGCGCGUCUAAUGGCCGCAGCGGCGCUGUGCGCUUUGUCCCUGAGAGCUUUGUGCACUGCGACCUUGUGUAGGGGAUAAACUCUCUAACGUUAAGAGACAUAUUGAGAGCUGAGUCAGUUAGAAACCCUGUCAGCUUCCUCUAAAUAGACCUCCAUUAUCACAGCAUUUUACAAAGCUUUAUAGCAAAUGUUAAAGAUUAGCAGUGUUGCAUAAUGUAUGCAGGGCGGCAGUGGAUAAUCCAUUGCUGCUUUCACUGUUUCAUAACACGCACACGGCCCAGUGUAGAUUAAUCUGUCAACCCAAUGGUGUUUAAACCAUUCAGAGUGUUCAGGUGGACCUGGUCCCUGCACUGCAGCAGGGACCAGGCUCACCCUGCAGAAUGUGCUUCUGUUUAGUGCUGAGAGUAUGGCCAAGAUGACGCUGAAGAAGCUGUCAGCUGAGGAAGACUUCCCAGAUCUCAGUCAGCACAACAACCACAUGGCCACGUUCUUAACCCUGGACAUGUACAAGAGGCUGAGAGAGCUGGCUACACCCAACGGCUUCACCAUAGAUGGUGUCAUUCAGACAGGGGUUGACAAUCCUGGCCACCCCUUCAUCAUGACCGUGGGCUGCGUCGCAGGAGACGAGGAGACGUAUGAGGUGUUCAAGGAGCUGCUGGACCCCGUGAUCGAGGACCGACAUGGAGGAUACAAACCUUCAGACAAGCACAAGACUGACAUCAACCCUGCCAACCUGAAGGGUGGCGACGACCUCGACCCAGACUACGUCCUGAGCUCCCGAGUCCGAACAGGUCGCAGCGUCCGCGGCUUCUGUCUGCCGCCUCACUGCAGCCGUGGAGAGAGGCGUGCUGUGGAGAAGCUCUCCAUCGAAGCUCUGGCCUCCCUGACCGGAGACCUGAAUGGAAAAUACUACGCCCUGAAGAACAUGACGGAUGCCGAGCAGCAGCAGCUCAUCGAUGACCACUUCCUGUUUGACAAGCCAGUGUCUCCUCUGCUGCUGGCCUCAGGGAUGGGCCGCGACUGGCCCGACGCUAGGGGCAUCUGGCACAACGAUAACAAGACAUUCCUGGUGUGGGUGAAUGAGGAGGACCACCUGCGUGUGAUCUCUAUGCAGAAAGGCGGCAACAUGAAGGAAGUGUUCAACCGCUUCUGUACCGGACUCACCAAGAUUGAGACCCUGUUCAAGGAGAGCAACCAUGCUUUCAUGUGGAACGAGCACCUGGGCUACGUCCUCACCUGCCCAUCUAACCUGGGCACUGGCCUGCGUGCAGGUGUGCACGUGAAGCUACCCAACAUGAGCAAAAAUGCCAAGUUUGAGGAUGUUCUCAAGAAGCUGAGGCUCCAGAAACGUGGAACUGGUGGAGUCGACACGGCCGCUGUGGGCGGAGUGUUUGACAUCUCCAAUGCCGACAGACUGGGCUUCUCUGAGGUGGAGCUGGUGCAGAUGGUGGUGGAUGGAGUCAAGCUGCUGGUGGAUAUGGAGAAGAAGCUGGAGAAGGGCCAGUCCAUCGAUGACAUCAUGCCCGCCCAGAAGUAAAACCAUCCCGACACAGUAACCUCUUUAACCCCCCCCCCCCCCAUAUUUGACUCUGUCCCUGAAACACUAUCAGUUUGAUUUGUUUGUGUAUUUAAGGUGAAAAGGUUCCUGUGAGGAUGGAAAUAAAAUAAAAACUGUUCCGUUUCAA